UGUCUUGUUUCAGCCGCAACUACGUUAACCUAGGCCCUAGGGCAAUGCUGCACACACAAUUUGUAUGUUUAAAUUGUACAUAUACAUUAUUUUUUAAUUUUGUAUAAAAUUUUUAUACUUAUUAUACGUAUCUAAUCUCUCCCUUUAAAAUUAGGAUCGCCACACAAAUUUUGCUGACCUGAUUCAAUUAUUGGUAUAUAUAAACUCAGCAUAAAAGGAGGAAGAUCCAUUAUGCAUCCACAUUGAAGGCGAAGGCAGAGUGCAAGAAAAAAAGAAAAAAGGUAAAGCCAUGGAGUUUCCAUUGCUACCUACCAAGAUCAUUGUCACAGUUUUGAUACUUGGAUUCCUUGGCCUGCUUGUAAGCCUGUUUGAAGCACUAAUAUUGAAGCCUGAAAGACUUCGUUCCAAGCUUCGAAAGCAUGGAAUUUCAGGUCCUCCACCGUCCAUCUUGCUUGGAAAUAUCCCUGAAAUGAAAAAGGUUCAAUCACAGAAGUCCAAGUUGAGGAGAGAAGGAGAACAAGUGAUAAUCCACAAUUGUUGUUCAGCUGUGUUUCCAUUCCUGGACCAAUGGAGAAAACAGUAUGGUUCAACGUUCAUGUUUUCACUUGGAAGUAUACAGAUUCUGCACAUCAGCAAUCCUGAUUUGGUGAAACAAAUAACCUUAUGCACUUCAUUGGAUUUAGGGAAGCCUUCCUAUCAACACAAGGAGAAUGGGCCUCUGCUUGGCAAAGGAAUUCUGACUUCGAAUGGUGCAAUAUGGGCUUAUCAAAGAAAAAUCCUUGCCCCUGAACUGUAUAUGGAGAAAGUCAAGGGUAUGAUGAACUUGAUGGCUCAGUCCUCAGUAACAGUAGUAGAGUCAUGGAAUGGUAAGAUUGAAAGUGAAGGUGGAGUUGCGGAUAUUAAGAUUGAUGGUUACAUGAGAAGGUUCUCUGGAGAUGUUAUCUCAAGAGCUUGUUUUGGGAGCAAUUAUGCCAAAGGAGAAGAGAUUUUCUUAAAGUUUAGAGAUCUAAAAGAGGCCAUGUCCAGGAAAUUUUUGUCAGGAAUUCCUGGAAUAAGAUAUAUUCCAAUCAAGGCCAACAGGGAAGGAUGGAGAUUGGAGAAAGAGAUUCGUGCGUUAAUCUUGAAGGUAGUCAAGGAAAGAAAAGAAGCAAAAUCGGAGAAGGAUCUCUUACAAAUGAUCCUGGAAAGUGCUACAAGCAGUGAUUUAGGACAAGCUGCAACAGAUCGAUUCAUUGUCGACAAUUGCAAGAACAUAUAUUUGGCAGGCUAUGAGACUACGGCUGUAUCGGCAACAUGGACCCUGAUGCUGUUGGCCUCGAACCCUGAAUGGCAAGACAAAGCUCGGGCAGAGGUUCUUGAAAUUUGUGGGGUUGAAUUUCCAGAUAACGACAUGCUCCGCAAGAUGAAAACAUUGACAAUGGUGAUAAAUGAGUCACUACGCCUUUACCCUCCAGUUCCGAUCGUGUCAAGGGAACUUCUUGAAAGCAUGAAAUUUGGGGACAUUCAAGUGCCUAAAGGAGUUACUAUUUGGACAUUGGUGGCGACACUUCACCAACAUCCUGAUAUUUGGGGACCUGAUGCUGAUAAGUUCAACCCCUCAAGGUUUGCCAAUGGAGUCGCUGCUGCAUGCAAGUUUCCUUGUGUGUACAUGCCAUUUGGCGUUGGACCCAGGAUCUGUUUGGGACAGAAUUUCGCCAUGGCAGAACUGAAGAUAAUUCUUGCUCUUAUUUUGUCUAAUUUCAGAUUCUCUCUGUCACCAAAAUAUAUGCAUUCUCCAACAAUGAGAUUAGUGAUAGAGCCUGAACAUGGAGUGAAUCUCCUUGUUAAGAAGCUAUAAGACAUAUGGCUCAUCAGUAAUCACUUGUGUUCAUAUAAGCUAUCAGUAUUUGUUUUCGUUCUUAUUAUUACUUUUUUUUUAAUAAUGUAAUUA